UGUGCCUCUUGGCGCUUUGAUUUUGACUGACAUGAAAUCCAGGCGAACUUGGCAGCUCAACGUGCUGGUCAGAUCCCUAAUCAACAACAAAUGAUGAAUGCUCCUGGGCGUAACCAGAAUGGUAUGCCCAACAAUUCCGGAACUCCUGCCAUGCCGGGCGGUACGCCGAACGGGAUGCCGAAUGGAAUGCCAAAUGGAUUAUCGAACGGAAUACCACCUGCUGUUGGGGUCAACCAAGGGCGACCUCAUAUGCAAGGAAUGCCUGGCGGUGGGCCCGUCAAUAGCCCGGUGCCUCCCAAUCCCAUGGCAAUGAAAAUGAUGCCGCAGUCCGGCAUGCCCCAGAAUGCGGGAGGUCGCCCUUCGCUGCCAAUGCAAACGUCGCCGGACAAUGCGCGAGUCCUUCGUGAAGCCAAUCGCCUGCAAGAACAACAGCGGGUUUUGCAGUCUCGACAGCAGCAGCCGCAACCGCAAUCGCAACCGCCUCAACAAGCUCAACCUCCGCAUGCUCAGCAGCCGUUCCACAACCAGCAGCAAUUUGUGCCACAGGGAUCCCAUUCUCCGAGCUUGAACAUGCCCAGCACGAACGGCACCCCGAACAACCCUGCUAUGAUGGCCGCAAUGCAGGCUGGAGGUGGAAUGCAAAGCCCAUCCUUUCACAACGGCACAUCGCAAGGGGUGUCGACUCCCUCCCCUCGCAUGGGACAGCCCAAUCUCCUCUCGAACGGCGUUGUACCCACCAUCAGCAGCAUCCAAAACCAGAUACAAAGGAACAAUCCCAACAUGCCACCUGAGCAGGUGAACAAGCUUGCCACGGACCGAUUGCACCAAUUUCAGCAGCAACGCAUGUCGCAAGUUGCCAUGAAUUCCGCUGCCGGUAACAUCGGAGCCGUCUCGGCCAAUUACCAAGUGUCUCAUGAUGGCAACUUCCAGCCUCCUCAACCUGGCAUGAACGGGGGCCCUGGGAUGCAGGUACCACAGGCACAAGGGUUUUCGCCCAUGAUGCGUGUGGCACAGAAUGCGCAACAAGGCCGAGUGGGCGUCGGAAGCUCGCCUGCUAUGAACGGAACCGUUUCCCAGCCCAGUCGAAGCGCAACGCCACAGAACCAACGCAGCGGGAGUGCACAGGCUGGACCCAUGCCUGGCUCGAGCAAGAGUCCCAAUCCGCCGCAGGCACAGACUGCCGGUAGCUAAGAUGAUGCUCGGGCCCGAGGCGUCUUAUGACUGUUUCCCCCCUUAUGCACUAUCCUAAUUUUCCACUGUAAAUAUUUUGAUUACUUCACCAUACCCUUUUAUUACCCCCUUGUUUGUCUUUCG